GUGGUCGGUGGAACUGAUACAACUUCAACAAUGGUGGAGUGGGCGAUGACAGAGUUGAUGCAGAACCGAGAUGUGAUGAACAAAGUAGUCCACGAAUUAAUGGAAGUCGUGGGGGAGGAUGAGAUGGUCGAAGAGCAUCACUUGCCCAAAUUAAAGUACCUCAACGCAGUCAUCAAGGAGGCAUUGCGCUUGCACCCAGCUGGGCCAUUACUGUUGCCGCGGACCCCACAUGCUUCCUGUGUCGUCGGGGGUUACAUGAUUCCGAAGGGCAGCAACGUGUUCUUGAACGUGGGUUACAUCCAGAGAGACCCCAAGAUUUGGGACAGACCGUUGGAGUUUAGACCCGAGAGGUUCUUGGAAGAUCCCAACGAGUAUGAUCUCUCCGGCAACAACUUCACGUACAUGCCCUUUGGUUCUGGUCGAAGGGUGUGUGCAGGGCUUGCACUGGCAGAGAGGAUGCUACCAUAUAUUUUGGCGUCUCUUUUGCAUUCAUUCGAGUGGGAACUCCCGCAAGGAGUGGAGCUGGAUUUAUUGGAGAAGUUCGGGCUUGUGGUCAAGAAAAUGAAGCCCUUAGUCGCCAUUCCCAAGCCGAGAUUGUCCUCUCCAGAGCUCUACAUGUUGAGUUAG